AUGAGUAAAAUUGAAGCCAAUAAAACUCUUGGUUCUGGGGGUGUGACGAAUGUAUCAUCCCCAACGUACCAGAACACUGUCGCUCAAGAAGAGAAAGGGACCUUGCACCAUAGUGAAGUACCAGUCAUAGACGGUCGUGGGAGUCUCAAUUUCGCCGACAUACUUAAAGGUUCGGCGGCGAACCCUCUUAGUACAUUUGAAAAGAAGGCUGCUCUGAUCAAUGCGGAACUUGAUCAAUUUGGUUUCGGUAGAUAUCAAUUAUGCAUCUGGUUGUUAUGUGGUUUCGGUUAUUUCCUUGAUUUAGCUUGGGCUCAAGGUGUUGGUCUGGCCGCCUCAGCUAUCUACCAAGAGAUGGGAGUACCAGCAGGUUCACAGGGUGUCAUCUUCUCAUGCGCUAAUGCUGGUCUUGCCGUCGGUGCUCUCGGUUUCGGUCUCUUGGUUGACAUUAUCGGACGAAAAUGGGCUUUCAACCUUACCUGUUUGAUCACUUCCAUCUUCGGUCUACUCCUCGCCGCUCCCAAAUACAACUACGCUGCCAUCUGCGGUAUCUACUUCCUCGCCUCGAUCGGUUUGGGAGGUAACAUCCCUAUCGAUGCCACGAUCGCUUUAGAGUUUGUACCUCAAAGGAAACGAAUGCUCGUGUGUCUCUUAUCACUCUGGCAACCAGUCGGAGUAGUUUUCGCAUCCGGUAUAGCAUACGCCACAGCAGCGAAAUACAGAUGUGCCUCGGGCUUACCAUCAUGUCACGAUGUCGCUUCUGGAGCAGCGUGCUGUUCGGUAUCUUCAAACAUGGGUUGGAGAUAUAACUCGAUCGUUUUGGGUGGUGUAACAUUGGUCAUUUUCUUUUUGCGAUUCUUCGUUUUUCGCUUCCACGAAUCCCCUAAAUUCCUUUUAGCCAGAGGUAGAGAAGCGGAAGCUAUCGAGGUUUUACACAAGAUUGCCAAAUUCAACAAAGCCCCUCCACCCACUUUGACCGUCCAGCAUUUCGCAGAGAUUGACGCAUCCUCUUCGACCUACACGAAUGACUCCAACGCCCAGAAUGGUAACAUGACAAGUAUCGGAUCGGUAACCAAGAGGUUCUUAAGAAACUUUAGAGGAUUAAAAGGUCUCUUUUUGAAUAAGUUGCAAUUCUUCAUCUUCUGUCUUUUGGCUGUCGCUUAUAUGGGAGACUACUGGUCAUUCAACUUGGCAGGAUCUUUCCUUCCCCUAAUUCUACUCCGGAACAACGUUUCAAGCGGUCAAGACACAGUCACCGAUACAUACAGACAAUACGUCUACAUCUACCUUCCAGGUAUCCUCGGUGCUGUUCUCGCCUUAUUCUCCGUUCAACUUCCUAUAGUAGGUAGAAAAUGGUCUUUGGUCUUUUCAGCUAUCUGUCAAGGUCUGGCCAUGGCCAUGUAUACUCAAGUGAAGACCACUGCUGGUUAUGUCGGUUUGAACGCUUUCGAAUAUAUUAUGCAAACUUAUUUCAACGCCGUAUUGUACGCCUCUGCUCCAGAAUUAUUCGACACAGCCUAUAGAGGAAGUGCUUCAGGAAUGUUAUCCUGUUUGGGUAGACUUGCAGGGAUCGUCGCUCCAUUUGCUGGUCAGAAAUACCUCGCCUCCAACUCCUCAGGUAUCUUAUGGUUAGGAGCAGGUGGUAUCUGGUUAUCAGCUUUCACCAUGAUUUUCUUACCUGUAGAAAUGAGGAACAGACAAAUGUUCUAA